GGAGUCAGUAGACACGAUAAAAUGGACGCGUCGGGAGAUUUAUUCCUUUACGAUGCAUCGACCUCUCUCCCUGCUUUCAACAGGAGGCAGUCCGUGUGUGUGAAGUCUCUAUCGCCUGCAAAUGAAAGGCUCCAUGUUCAGUGCAGUUGUGCUGGUGCUCCUCUGCCUGAUGCAGAUGAAGCUUGUGACCACAGAGGGGCAUCGUGGGACCAACCGCCAUGUCUUCUAUGCAGUGCAAAUGGACGGAGGCAUCAGAGCCGCCAGAGCUCUGGCUGAGCAGCACACACUGGAGUUCAUACAGCAGGUUGGCAGCCUGGAGGAUGUUUACACCCUGAAAGACAGCAGGGGGCGCCCUGACAGAGCCGCCCUUGAGAACACACUUUCCACUGCAGUAGGGGUUCACUGGGUUCAGCUGCAACACAGCCAUUACAGAGACAAGCGGGUCCCUGUGAAAGAACUGGACCUCAGAACCAUUCACAGUUCCCAGAGGAGAGCAACUGACAGGCAGCCGGAGGAGAAGAAGAAGAGUGACCAGUCCCUCACCUUCAAUGACCCACUCUGGCCCAUGCAGUGGGAACUGUUUGCACAGGGCCAGUACAGCAAUGGCUUGGACCUGAAUGUGAUGCCAGUUUGGAGCAACAACAUCACCGGGGCUGGAGUGGUGGUCAGCAUCAUAGAUGAUGGUGUGGAUCACACAAACAAGGACCUAAAGAAGAACUUUGAGGCCCUUGCCAGUCUCGACCUGGCUGCUUCACACGGUCUGUCUCAUGAUCCCAUGCCAGUCAGAGAUGAGGAAAAUAGUCAUGGUACUCGAUGUGCCGGGGAAGUUGCCAUGGAGGCCAAUAACUCCUACUGCGGUGUGGGCAUCGCCUUCAAUGCCAGGAUCGGAGGUAUCCGCUUGUUGGCCAGUUCUGUCACCGAUGCCAUGGAGGCCACAGCCCUGACCUUCAACAUCCACUUCAUCGACAUCUACGUCUGCAGCUGGGGCCCGCGGGACGACGGGGCCGUGAUGGACGGCCCCCACAGCCUGACAGAGCGAGCCCUUCGGCUAGGAACUCGCAAGGGCCGAGGUGGGAAGGGCAGUGUCUUUGUGUGGGCGGCAGGUAACGGUGGAUUGCAACGUGACCACUGUGGAGCGGACGGCUAUGUUAACUCCAUCUACACCAUAGCCAUCGGCGCUGUCACUCAAACAGGGAAACCUGCCUACUUCGGCGAGGCCUGCCCCGGCGUCAUGGCCGUCACUCUGACAGGGGCCAGCGUGGGAGGCCCCCUACCUCUGGUCACUGUGACCAGUGUUGGUGCCGGCUGUGUCACACACUUUCCAGGAACAUCCAGUGCUGCUCCCAUCGCUGCAGGGAUCCUGGCUCUUGUGUUGGAAGUAAAUCCUGAGCUGACGUGGAGAGAUGUUCAGCAUCUGAUCGCCAACACAGCACAGAUCCCCGACCCCAAAGAGCCUGGCUGGAACAUCAACGCUGCAGGAUACCAUGUUCACCAUAGGUAUGGUUUUGGAUUGCUGGAUGCAGCGCUGAUGGUGCAGCGGGCCACACUCUUUAACACAGUUUCUCCACAGAGGAAUUGCAUCCAAGAGGUUACACUACAUCCUGCCAGGAUCCUCUCUCCAGGGGGCGAGGUCAGUGUUGAUAUAGAAUCAGAUGCCUGUCGUGGGAAGACAAAUGAGAUCAACACUUUGGAACACGUUCAGGUGAGAGUGAGCCUUAGCGCUGUGUGUCGUGGUGACCUCUCCAUAAGCCUGGAGUCUCCAUCUGGCACUGUAUCACUGCUGUUGGACAAACGGCCCAAUGACGCAUCCACUGCUGGCCUGAAAAACUGGACCCUGUUGACAGUGCACUGCUGGGGGGAGGAGCCACAAGGCCUCUGGACCUUUCAGGUGACUGACCACAAAGGCACAGUGUUGAGCUGCAAGCAACCGAGCGACGAGGAGGCCUCCGGAGCUUUGCUCAGGGUGACACUCAUCCUCUACGGCACCUACCACCCACACAGGGCUGUUCAAGAGGGACCCCUCCAGAGUAUUGUGUCCAUGGGGUCGCGUCACCCUGUCCCGCACAGGGGGCUGCUACACGGGGGUUGUAACCAAACUCUGGAGCUGAUUGAAUGUAUCUACCAGAUGGAGAGAGACAGGAAGAUACAGGCUGCGGACAUCACUCUCCCAGACCGACACAAGAUGUUGAAGAUUCCUGGAGACUCAGUGUUGGAUGAGCAAACCCUCAGAAAGCUCCUGAAGUCCAGUAUGGCUUUCCAGUUACAUCAGACAGAUGUGGCACAGAAGUCUUCCACGGGGUCAGAACCUGCUGUUGUGAAGGAGCUUCAUGAGACAAAGAACAUCAUGGAGUAUUUGGAUCGAGUGAAAAGGUCCUUACCCUUACGAACUCUCCGGGAUAUCACUAACUCUCUUCAGAUCCAGGAGUGGCAGAAAGACGGGGGAAGGCUCAGGGCAGCAGGCGGCAAACUGGAGAGACAAACAUGACCCACAGUUUAAUAAAGACUGUUGUUUCCACAGUGUAACAAGCCAACUGAUCAUGAAUCAAUUCCAUGGACAGCACUUUGACUGUGUGGCCUCACUGUCUGCACAGAUUAUUUAUUGUGGAUUCUUAUCUUGGCUUUAAAACUCAAUCCCUCCCCAAAAGAAACACACACAGUCGUAUAAAUCCUUCCCCCAAAAACAAAUCGUCUCAGGAGCAGCUUUCAUGAGCUUUGGGAUGUUGCAAAGGUUAGAGAAAGGUAUGUUUGUCUUUUUCCACUUCAUUGAAGGGUGAAUUCAGCUCAGCGCAAUAAGAAAUGGAUUACCCAUUCAUUAAAGGGGCUGUGUCACUCCUCAUUGAGUUGGACAAAUAGCAAAUUAAUUUCUAAGCGCCUAAUUUCUCUCUGUUCUCCGCUGAAUUUCCGAUAGCGUCGAAUUACCGAUCACAGCCAUGUGAACUCCCUCAACUUUUUAUCAAUUCAUUAAAAAUGUGCCACGGCGGAGGAAACUCUCUCUCUCUCUCAUUGCUGCAUGCUUCCUUUACCAGCACAACACAAACAGAAAUCAACCCAAGUGUUUAAUUGAAAUUAGGAGACGAAAAACACCCAAAACAAUUACAGAAAAAAAGUUACUUUGGAGCAAUUUCAAAACUUUUUUACUGUUGUAUCUCAAAUACAGAGAUGUUUUCCCCAGUCAAGUGCAGGUUUGUAGGUUAUGGUGUUUUGUAAAGUAUAGCAGUAGUGUAUUGACAGGCCGGUAUUGAUGUUUCAAUUAGAGCAGCGUUACAUAGUGCCGCAGCAUGGUAACACGGUGCGUCUCCUGCCAUCUGCUCUGCCUCUACGUCUGACGAACGAGGCACGUGGGGCUAAUCGAGCCGCACAUGAGCAAUGGGGCCGAGAGAUCUAUCACACACACACAUCUUACAUACGCACGUCCUUAUGCAGAAAAAUGGGUGGAUGGGAGGAGGUUAGGGGGGGUGAGGGAGAGCUCCUCAGCCCUGCUGUUUAAACAGCCUUCAGAAAGAGCCUGUGAUUCCUCCCCCUUUUCUCCUUUUCCUCACAUGUGCUACAGGAGCAGCCAGCAGGUUAUUUCACUGACAAGGAAGCAGGCAAACACACCAGAUGCAUGAGUUGAAAUUCAUCAAAAGCUCAUCUGACGGAAAGAACAAAAAAAAAACGGCUUCUGCCAGCUUCCCUCGUGCUGGGACGGUCUGAAAUAACAGUGUGCAUUAUGCCUGCCGUUAUUGCCUGCCAAACCACACGAAUCAAAGACCUCAUUGUGUGGAUUACCUCGUUAAUCUGUUGAUGCCAUUGAGUGGUAUUGCAGGUGUUAAUGUGCCAGGUUUUUUUCCUUUUAUUAGGGAGGUGUAACGUUAGGUUGGUAAUCUGCUUUAAAUGCUUUCUAGGGGAACGAGACACGCUGAAAGCCAGCCAACAGAACUCUGCUGUGGAGGAGAGCUCUCUCUUAAUGCAGGGGCCUGACUGACUGAUGCCAGCGGGGACCAGCCAGUGAGCUACACGCCCCACGCCACUUGUUGAAAUAUAUGACUGUAUGAAUAAUGAAAGAGGACGAGGGAAGUGAUAUUGCGAAAGCAGUCCCACGAUGACAUCCAUCACAGAAAACCUUCUUCUUCCUGGUUCCUCCUGCACAGAGUCUCUUUGGAGGAGCGAGCCAAAGCUCGCCUCGUUUGGAGGUGAACUCCUAAACCAAGAGAGAUAGAGAUAAAGAGAAAGACAGAAGGAAAAAGGGGACAGAGAGAGAGGUAAUCCUCCCUUUUUUCUGCUCCCCAGGGUGGUCUCUUCAUCCAGGGCCUCAAAGAGGGACAGAAUACACCUCCCCGCUACAAUGGAGGGGACCCACAGGGGCUGUUGCUAUCAGUGUGUGUGUGUGUGUGUGUGUGUGUGUGUGUGUGUGUGUGUGUGUGUGUGUGUGUGUGUGUGUGUGUGUG